GAUCGCGCAAAUUAAGCCUGUGACUAGCUGCCCGCACGUGCUCCUAAUGAAGGUAAUUAGCAGUUAGCUAACUGUCAGCACUCAUUUGUUUUCAACGACAAAGCCACGCAGAGCAGGCAGAGAUGUUUUGCUGCUUAAAUAAACUACCAGCCCCACUGCAGAUCUGCAUGGGAAUGUGCCUUCACCAGGAUAUCACAGAGGAGGGGAAAAAGGCCAAACUGCAGAGCUCUAAGAUAGAGCAAGACCUUUGUGAGCAUGCCAGGACUGAGAUGAAUGUAGUGAAAAUCCUCCUGCUGGGAGCUGCAGAGAGCGGGAAGAGCACCCUGAUCAAACAGAUGAAGAUCAUCUACAGUCAUGGCUUUUCCAAACAGGAGCUCAGUAGUUUCAAGCCUGCAGUGCUGGAUAACCUUCUGACCUCGAUGAAGUUUGUCCUGCGAGGAAUGGGGAUGCUGAGGAUUAACCUGGCCAGCAAGAAAAACAAGACACACGCACGCUCCAUCCUGUCCUGCAGCCACUGUUUGGGUGACAACCAGGAGCUGCUCCCCUUUGUGGCUCACGCUUUGUGUGCACUUUGGUCCGACCAAGGAGUGCGAGUGGCUGCAGCCAGAGGUUACGAGUUUGAGCUGAACGACUCGGCGCUCUAUUUCUUUGAGAACAUGAAUCGAAUCAUCGCUCCCAAAUACGUCCCCACUGAGACGGAUGUUCUGAGAGUGAGGGUGAGGACCUGUGGAAUCGUGGAGACGCAGUUUCAACAAAAUGAGAUGAUCUUUCGGUUGUAUGAUGUUGGGGGUCAGCGCAGUGAGAGGAGGAAGUGGCUCAGCUGCUUCGACUGCAUUCAGGCUGUGUUGUUUGUUGUGGCCCUCAGCAGCUAUGAUAUGACACUGCAGGAGAACCGUUCAAGAAGUCGGCUGCAGGAGAGUCUUGAACUGUUUCAGUCUAUCUGCACCAGCGCAGUCUUUAGAAGUGUAUCACUGAUUCUGCUGAUGAACAAAACAGACCUUUUCCGUGAGAAGAUCUUACACUCUGGAAGACACAUGAGGUUUUAUGUUUCAGCUUAUAAAGGAGCAGAAGAGGACGUGGACGCUGCAGCACACCACAUCACGACCAUGUUCUCAUCGAGUAUCAGCGGCCCUGACAAACCUGUGUACUACCACUACACCACCGCCACAGACACAGACAACAUACGGGUGGUGUUCCACAUAAUGACAGAGCAGAUCAUCAAGGAGAGCCUAGAAGCUGUGGAGCUGCUGUGAAAGCCUCAUAAAAGCCCUUAUGACUGUUUUAAACAUUGUGCACAGAAUUUGAUAGGAUUACAGUCAGGGCUUAUCUGUUUUUAAACAGUUAUUUAUUUUAAAAGAUUUUAAUAAAAUAUUUAUUUAUGGUU